AUGAGGACAAUUGGGAAUGAAUGGCUUGCUAUAGGUUGUAUAUUAUAUAUCUCAGAGAUUCUUAAUACGCAAGUAUAUUUAUCCGCAUAUCACGUGAUUUUGAAUACACUGGAGAUUAAAGUGGAGCAUUCAAUAUUUGAGCCUCUAAAGGAAGAAAGACUUGUUUUUGUGGUAGGUUUUCCUGUGUUACAAACAAAAAAAAACAGAAGCUUGACUAUGCGAUCGCCAUUAAAUAUAUCUAAAAAAGAUUUUUCUUUUAUUUCUGAACAGAUGGGAGGUUCUUCGAAGGAUGGCGUAUUGAAGACAUUUACAUUAGAUGACCGUAAAUUGUUUGAAACGGAAAAGACGGAUGAUUUUUCGAAAAGUACUGUGUUACAAACACCUCAGACAUUUCAAAAUUCAGAGCAGCAGGAAUCGACGCUUUCUGUAUCUGCUUUUGAUACUCCAAUAGGAAUACGUGAGCCAUUACGUCAAAAACGGCGGCGGCGAAGAACAACCCCUCAGGAAUUGGCAAUAUUGGAGGAUGAAUACCUUAAAGAUGAAAAGCCAAAUUUAUUGAAUCGUGAGAGAAUUGCUGCAAAAAUUAAUAGUAUAGUUUCAGGCGAAGAUAAGAUGGGUAGUCGAGAGAUUCAGAUUUGGUUUCAGAAUAAACGUCAAGCAAUGCGUCGUCAAACUUUGCAUUUUGUGUCAUCCAAUGACCAUGCGGAGACUGUUUCUGGUUCGCAGGCGAUAAAGAAGCCGUGUCAAUGGGAUAUGGAUAAUGUUCGUCUUCGGCAACAUAUAGAACACAAGAUUUCGUCAUUUAAAAAAAUACCUAGUCUUCGUCUUUGCACAAAUGAGGGUGGCAAAGCGCAGGUUAUGUUUAAUGUUUUAUGCGAUAACAAAAAUACAUUUUCAUUGUAUAAAAAGGAUGAUGGGCGUGAUAGUAGAUGUAUGUCAUAUUAUAUGGGCAAGGAAAAUGUUCCUCCUGAUUAUGAAAAAAGCAUUAAAAGGGAUGUGGGCGAAAAUGAGAUAGAAGCAUGUGCGCGAAGUUUAGUAGGUUUAGCACAGGGAUGGGCCAGAGAUACAUAUGAUAGUCAUGUUUAG